AUGAAAGGGCGCUUCACCAUCGAGUGGCUGUCCCAGAGCAGCCAGGCCGCCGCCGCUGGGCCCGGGCUGGGGGACCCCUGCACUUCCGGGACCCCCCCAGAGAGCCUGCCGGGGCUGUACUGCAGCAGGGAGCGGGUCGGCUCGGAGACCCAGCACCGGGACCACCGGCACCAGCGCACCCUCGCCCCCCAGCACCCAGAGCCCACCCCGGGACACGUCUCCAACCCCUCUUCCUCCUCCUCCUCUCAAGCUACAGAGCCAGGCUUCAGCAGUAGUACAGAAGAAGAGACGUCAGGGUACGAGAGCGAAGGGGAGCGCUCUCUCUCCCCCGCAACCCCGCGGGACACCCAUGAUACGUCCCCCGCCGCCGGACGCAGGCCACGCACCGCCUUCACCGUCGAGCAAAUCAACCGGCUGGAGAAAGCCUUCAAGAAGAACGCGUACCUGGGCACGCACGACAAGGCCGAACUCUGCAGGAAGCUCAAUCUGUCCGACAAGCAGAUUAGGAACUGGUUCCAGAACAGGCGCAUGAAGCUGAAGAGGACCAUGCAGGACACCCUGGCCCAGGCCUGUCAGGCAAAGAUGACCUCCCAGCUGCUGCACUACCCCCAGCUCCAGGCUUUCGGGCCUGUCCCGCACCCCGGAUAUUACCCCGCCCAGGACAGCCCCACCCCUUACGCACCGCCUUUCAGCCUGCACUACCUCCCCUCUCCUGUGGGGGGCGCCCCGAUCUCCACAGAUCCCCUUUACCACCAGUACAGCAGCCUGCCCAGCCUGUUCACAGCCGCGGGCAGUGCGACCCUCACGGCCCCCCACUAUUACCCCACCCACUACUAAACCAAC